AUCAGCAAAAAACCACAGUGAUUGAAAACGGUGAAAUCAGAUUCAAUGGAAAAGGGAAAAAGAUUCGGAAGCCUCGAACCAUUUACUCUAGUCUACAACUCCAGGCUUUAAAUCAUCGCUUUCAGCAGACUCAGUACCUGGCACUUCCAGAGAGAGCUGAACUGGCAGCUUCAUUAGGACUUACCCAGACACAGGUGAAGAUCUGGUUUCAGAACAAGCGCUCCAAAUUCAAGAAGCUGCUGAAGCAGGGCAGCAACCCCCACGAGAGCGACCCUCUGCCCGGCUCCGCCGCCCUCUCCCCUCGCUCUCCGGCUCUGCCUCCGGUCUGGGACGUUUCAGCUUCUGCCAAGGGAGUCAAUAUGCCUCCCAACAGCUACAUGCCUGGCUAUUCUCACUGGUAUUCUUCUCCACAUCAAGACACAAUGCAGAGACCACAAAUGAUGUGAAUUGUCCAAGA